UGGCUCUAGUCUAUAAUAGUUGUGUCCAUGCUUCAAAAUGACCAGUGCUAUUUUUGCCAAUAAUUUAACUGGUUUCAGCAAAGCCUCAAUUGUUCUUGUUGUCCUUCUCACUGUUCAAUUUGGUAUGGCUUUGAAUUAUUAUAUAUUUAUCUAUAAACCUGGAAUGCUGUUUCCAACUUCAAAGAUUUCAGGACAACCCAGGACAGCUGUGAGUGUGGCACUUGUUAAGGGAGCAUUGAAGGAGAACGCGGCACCGACUAAGAAGAAUGAAUCAGGCACCAUUGAUGAGAAACAACAGUGCCCCAUCACCUCACCUCUACUGAAGGGCCCUUUCCAAGUGCAGUGGGAUAAUGAGCUGACUCUGAAGACGGUGCGAAAGCAGAACCCCAAACUUCGGGCUGGAGGGCGCUGGAAACCACCAAACUGCAAUGCCAUACAAAAAGUGGCCAUUGUCAUACCCUUCAGACACAGAGAGCAGCACUUGAAGUUCUGGCUCUACUAUGUCCACCCAUUUCUUCAGAGGCAGCAGUUAGACUAUGGUGUCUACGUUGUUAAUCAGGAUGGGGAAAACAAAUUUAACAGAGCCAAGCUGAUGAAUGUUGGAUUCACAGAAGCCCUGAAAGAGUAUGAUUACGACUGCUUUGUCUUUAGUGAUGUGGAUAUUAUCCCUUUGGAUGACCGAAAUACCUACAGAUGCUUCAAACAACCCAGGCACCUUGCUGUUUCUAUGAAUAAAUUUCAUUUUGGACUCCCAUAUCGUACGUACGUUGGAGGUGUCUUAGCUUUGAGCAAGGAGCAGUACAUGAAAAUAAAUGGUUUCCCCAACAAUUAUUGGGGCUGGGGUGGAGAGGAUGAUGACAUGUAUAAAAGGUUGAGAAUAAGGGGUAUGUGGCUCUCCAGACCUGACAGGGUGAAAGGGAGAUGCAAAAUGAUCGGUCACAAGAGAGACAAACACAAUGAGUCAAACCCCAAAAGGUAUUAUAAAUUAAGAAAUACAAGGCAAACAAUUGACAGCGAUGGCAUCAAUUCUUUGCAGUACAAAGUAGUGAACAUUGAGAAGGAUCAGCUGUUCACUAAAAUUACUGUGGAUAUUGGGAGCCCUCCUCGGAAAUCGACUUCCUGAUGUGUUUGCAUAUCUUGCUUUGAAGCUUAAGUUAAGACAGAGGUUUGUUGUUAGUUUUUUUUGUUUUUUUUUGUUUUUUUUACUGAGGCGAGCCUACAUCUGGGUAACUGUUUUAUUAUCCAUUUUUGUACCUGUAAACUACUAUUCUAUUGUACUAAUAAACAAUAAU